GUCCUCAACAACCUGGGGCUGCCCCCGACCUCGAGCUCGCGCUACGACCACACCCGCUGGUGGUGGCGCGCCCAGAACAUGGUGUCGGAGCACGCCGCAAACAGCCGCGGCGGCCACCCCUGGGUCUGGGCCAGCCAGCCGGACGCGGAAUUCGCGAAGGCGCACGCGCAGUAUGGAGGGAAGCUGACGUGCCAAAACCCCUGGUUCCUGCCUUACGAGUUCGCCGAGCUGAUGUGGCGCAUCCCGGACGACGCGCCGCCGGCGCCGGCGCCGCCGCCGUCGGGGGCGCCGCCGCGCCACCACCGCGGCGGGCGGGGGCUGUGA